AUAAAAAAUUAAAAAGAAAUAGUAGGCCUAUAAUAAAUUAAUAAAUAAUAUAAUAGUAAAUAAUAGUAAUAACUAAUUAUAAAUCUAGUAAUAGAUCUAGAUACUCGUAGAUAGGCCCUAUCUGAUAGGGCCUCACUAGAUUUCAAAAUUUGGUUGAAAAACAUGGCUAGUUCAAUACAAAGCCAAAUGGACGUGGAUUCAGAAAAAAUUGAUGAAAUUGAUAGAAAACUUACAAAAAUAAAGAAAUAUUUAAGUCAAGAUAGGAGUGAGACCAAAACAAUUUAUCUUGAAAUCCCAUUAUUCAUGCGGACACGUUUGGCUCAUGUCAUUGACUAUUAUUCCAGAUGGCAAACAGUGGCAGAUGGCUGUGAGAGAAAUGAUCCAGAGAGCUUAAGGGAAGCAACUAGAAAAUUUCAGGAGAUUGAAGGCAUGAUGAAUGCUUUCAUAUUUAAUAGCAAAAAUCCAAAUGACAAUGCCAUGUUUAUGAUCAAUGAUAGGAAUAUUCUUCAGGAGAAGUUUGGCAAAGACCAUCCCAAAUUUAUGAGAGAAAUGGCUCGUUGUCUACAGAAUGAGGCCGACAUCAUGAAGUUGGAUCCCCUAAGUUUGAGGCCCAGUUGGCCCCAGUGGCCCAUUAAUUUAGUGCAGGGCAGAUGUGAGCUGGAGAUGAGUGGGCAAAUGAGCCCAGAGCCACACAGCCCAGAGGACGUGUAUGAGGAAACUUCACACAGUGAUGAUUAUCUUAAGACUACAUUUAUUGAUGAGAUUGACACUUACCUAAAAAAGUUGGAGGAACUAGACAAGUACCGAGAGGACCUGAGGCGUUUCAAUCCAACCAAUUAUCCGACAGAAGAAGAUAUUGAGCAGUUAGAUGAAAUGGACUUGAGGAACAGAGUGACAGAUGCUGUAACUGUGACUGCCCAGUGUGAAGCAAUAUCAAAAAAUAUUCAUGAUCUUCAGACGGUAAUCCGGGCCAACCUGAACAUGGUGCACGUCUCGCUGCUGAGCUCGCUGCAGGAGCUGCACCAGCAAGUGGCUAGGUGGAGAAAUGACGAGGCCAGGUUUAACGUCGGAGUUGGGCCAGAAAUUAGACUGAACCCACUCAUUAGAAAAUUUCAUUCUGUGGGAGAAAUACUGAAAAAAGUCCCGGACUGGUUUAGCCAGUUCUGUGACCAACAGGAGGAUGCUGUUGAUGAACUUGGCGUCCAGACUUUUGAGGGUGAAAUGAGGUCACUGUUGCAGGAAUUUAUGGAGCUGGAGAAACUCUUUCUUUCAGACAAACAAGCUGUUGUCCUCAAACAACCAAAUGAUGUCAUUAGCAUUGAAAAUGAAAGGGACGUGAAGAAAAAAGAAAAAGACGAACCAGGAAAAAGUGGGAAGGAAAAAAAGAAGAAAGAAGGCAGAAGCUACUGCACAAAGAAAAAUCAAACUUUUGAAACAACUGUCAGACUACUGGGCUGCGAGUGUUUACAAAAUCUGGAAUUGUGUGGCGCUACACUGGACCUGGUGGCAGAGAAAGAUUUGGCCCAAACGACACAGACUGGCCUGGAGUCCAAAAGCAAUUUAAAAUUUGAGUGGCAGGUGGACAAGACGCCAGUUUAUCUGGACGUGACCUUCAAGAAUGUCACCAUCAACAACUUCUUCAGGGUGGAGCAGAACAACGUCUACAAGCAGUUCUUUAGGCUCAUCUACACCAUCAGUCUCAGAUACAAUGGACACGACUAUACAGUGGAGACCCUGUCGCUGCCGUUCAUGUUCAACACUGGAUCCAACCAGAUCCUGGAACUGAUUGGUGCCAAGAUGUGGUACUGUGCCAACUCUCCAGACUUGUACUCCGGCAGCUUCCAGUGUCCAGACAGCCUGAGUGUUGACGAGGUGGUCUCAAUGCUGGACAACAGGGUCAAACACCUGAGUAAAAAGCACAGAGCCUUGAGUCAGGAAGAAAAACAGUUUUUAGCCAGCAGAUUGCCAAGUAUCAGUGGAGGAAGAGUCACUAUGCAAGGAUUUAUUAAGGACAAAAUGAAGAAAACAAGGAAAAAUGAAGAUCUGCCAUUUUCCUUCUACACGUGGUUCCAUGCAGUCAUCUACAGCCUGAAGAACUUUUUGCUCAAGCCUUGGCUAGAUGGCAUUAUCUACGGGUUCUGCAGUGAAGCCACGGCCCGCCAAAUACUGGAGGACAAAGACCAGGCCAUUGGGACCUUCAUCCUCAGGCCCAGCAUCUCCUCCCCCAUCAAAAACAUGAGCUCUAGAGAUGCCACCGCAGCCCUCACCAUGGACGUCAAAAUGGCGGGGGAGGACCAGGGUCAGGAGGCUGAGGUUGUGUCUGUCCCUAUUAUGAUCAGUACCAUACAGAAAAACACUCUCUUUGGAGCCGUCACUGGAAUUAAAAGUGGAAAUGAAACAGUUGCUCGCUUCUUGUACACUCCAAAGGAGAAGUUGUCGGCCAGAAUCUUGAAAGAUUAUAAAGGGGGGAAAGAACCAACGGUGUGGGAUGAUUACCAAAUAGUUCUGAAAAAACUGGAGACUGUUCAAUUGUCUAAAAACAAAAGCUCCAGCGCCACCAGCAGCCCUUUCACGGAAAACAACGAUGACGGUGGCUCUGAGCCGAGUCCACGGAAACGACCCUACCAGCGCACCCAGUCACGCAGCAGCCAGUCAGCUAGGGCAGGCUCUACUGACGACUCUUCCAACAGCAUGCCAGCUUUCAACAUGCUCAAUGAAUCUGCAAAUACUGGGAACCAAUGGGAGGGUAUGGGCCAAAGGACAGGAAGUCAAAGGUCAAGGGGUCAAAGGUCAGGAGGCCAGCUAAAGCCUGGUGUUUCGAGGGGCAACAGCCAGAUGGUCAGUUCUAGCGCCAUGUUCAACUCUAGCCCCAUGUCCAACUCUAGCGCCAUGUCCAACUCUAGCCCCAUGUCCAACUCUAGCACCAUGUCCAGCAGCACAUCCAACUUCAAAUACUUUGGAACAACAGCAGUGGACACAACCAACCUGCCACUGAAUGGACUCUCCCAGCCUGACCCCCCUGCUGGGAUGGAAUCAGAAUCUCUGAUGAGCUUCCAGCUACUGCUGCAGUCUCAAAACUUUUCCCAAGAGCAGCUCCUGAACCAGCUGAGUUUCUCUGAUCACCAAAGUACUGUUGGCACUGUCCACCAGGGUACCACAACCUUCUCUUUGUUUGACAUCAACCAGCCCAAUCUCUCAGUGACAUGCAACACCAUCUUGCCAGGAGAUGCUCUCAUGCUUGUAGAGUACAGCCCUGAUUCUGGCAUCUCUGCUGAUUCACCCCCACCACAGUCCUCACCUUUCAACCUUCCCACCUGCUUCUGAUCAACAUACAGCACACCCUGGGCCAUCUGGCCAGGUAAUGUAGUGCCAACAUUGUUGGAUUUAAAUAACUCAGUUCUAGAACCCAAUGUCACUUAAAAUACACCAUUGGUAACCCUGGCCAAGCAGGAUGUGUGGGACAUCUUGAUGUGUGGGGCAUCUUGAUGUGUGGGACAUCUUGAUGUGUGGGACAUCUUGAUGUGUGGGACAUCUUGAUGUGUGGGACAUCUUGAUGUGUGGGACAUCUUGAUGUGUGGGACAUCUUGAUGUGUGGGGCAUCUUGAUGUGUGGGGCAUCUUGAUGUGUGGGGCAUCUUGAUGUGUGGGACAUCUUGAUGUGUGGGGCAUCUUGAUGUGUGGGGCAUCUUGAUGUGUGGGGCAUCUUGAUGUGUGGGGCAUCUUGAUGUGUGGGACAUCUUGAUGUGUGGGACAUCUUGAUGUGUGGGACAUCUUGAUGUGUGGGACAUCUUGAUGUGUGGGGCAUCUUGAUGUGUGGGACAUCUUGAUGUGUGGGACAUCUUGAUGUGUGGGACAUUUUGAUGUGUGGGACUGAACUGGAAAACAAAAAAUGUCAGUUGUAUGCCAUAGUCAAGUUUCAUAGAAUAAGUUUCAAUCAAAUGUAAACGAUGUAUAUGUUCAAUGUUAUGACAAGUGUCCCUGAGGUUUGCUUUGAUGGCAACAGGAACACUGGUUAGGACUUGAAAGCAACUAAAAAGUACUGAAACUCUUUCUUUCAAAUCAUGUUUUAGCGCUGGGUCUGAAAAUGGUCGGGGUCCAACUCCUGUAAAUAAACAGUGUGUCAAUUAUCUACAAGACAUUUUGAUGCUGACAAAUAUUUCGCCUAUGGUUGCAGCAAGGAAAAGCUCUUUGCUAUUUAAAACUCUGCUUAAUUUGUAAUUCAUGUCUAUAUAAUCAUGAGUUGGUUUGAUUAGAGCACAUGUUUAUAUAACCUUUUGUCUGAGGCCCCCCCCCCCCCCCGUUGUGUGCAUAUCAUGCUUCAAAUCUAUUGGUUACCAUUUCCCCAUUGAAUCUGACUCCAUCUGACCUUGGGUCGAAACCAGUGUAUUGAUUUUUUUAGAGGUGUCCAUGUCACUAUAACCCACCCUCUAUUUGCAUGUUUCAUAUCAUGUCUUGUAUGUCUGCAAAUAUCAUGUCUUGUAUGUACCAAUGUCUACAAAUAUCAUGUCUUGUAUGUACAAAUGUCUGCAAAUAUCAUGUCUUGUAUGUACCAAUGUCUGCAAAUAUCAUGUCUUGUAUGUACCAAUGUCUGCAAAUAUCAUGUCUUGUAUGUACCAAUGUCUGCAAAUAUCAUGUCUUGUAUGUACCAAUGUCUUGCAAAUAUCAUGUCUUGUAUGUACCAAUGUUUGCAAGUAUUAUGUCUUGUAUGUACCAAUGUUUGCAAAUGUCAUGUCUUGUAUGUACCAAUGUUUGCAAGUGUCAUGUCUUGUAUGUACCAAUGUCUGCAAAUGUCAUGUCUUGUAUGUACCAAUGUCUGCAAAUGUCAUGUCUUGUAUGUACCAAUGUCUGCAAAUAUCAAUAUCUGGAUGUUGGGUUCCACCUUGGUCACAGUGAUCCUAUGGACACACUUAUCCUUUAAUACACAUGGUUAUUAUGUUGACAAAUACAUUUUUAAAAAGUUUUUGUUGAAUUUGGUUGGGGUUUCAAAAUAAGUUUUUGUUCUACAAGUGUCAGCUCAUCUUGAUUGGCUGUUUAUAUUUCAAUCUGGAGAUCUCAUCUUUGAUUGGCUGUUUUUACUUCUAUCUUGACAUCUCACCUCUGAUUGGCUAUUAUUUUGACAUUGAUCAGAAAACAGGCAUUUAAUUAGAA